AGGCAUCGAACACCUUCAAAAAAAAAAAAAAAAAAAAAAAAAAAAAGUUGAUUCAUGUUCCCUUGGAAACUAGGCACUGGUUUCAGAAGCUCUUCUCUCAUUUCCGAAUAUAAAUAUCCAACAGUUGCCAGACAUAUUUCGAAUGUUGGACUUGCAAUCACAACCUCUCACAAUGUAUGAAUACGCUACUACCAGCUUUUGCGGUAUAGCGUAUUUCUCGCUCUUCGUGCUACAAUUUUUCAUUCUGCAUUUGUCCUCUUCACCUUCCAUUAAUAUCCUGACGGUGAUUUUCUUCAGUUUUGGCAUCGUUCUGUGGUGCUUCUCUGGCCUUCUUUACCGAUUUCUCCGUGCUUUCCAGGGCGAUUCUGCCGUUGAGUGGCAGACAGUAGAGCUGGGGUUUUUUUUCUCUUCCUUAUUUGGACAGCCGCCGUUCCUGCUACUGUCUUCUUGUUUCCAUCCCAAAGUACAAUUCAGAUCGGGUACAUCUCCGCGUUUACAACCAUCGCAAUUGGCAACAUCAUCGAUUUUGUGUUCUGUGAAUCUGGCGCGAACACCAUGCGCAACCGAUUUCCCUACUAUUGUGUCUCUCGUUCUGCUAUCGUUGGUGUCGACUAUUUACGCCCUGACGGAGAAAACAAACACGUUGCCGCUACUAGCCUUUGAAUACUGUCGGAUUGUCUUUUUGAAUCUCCUUGGGGCGGCAUUAUAUUCUCUUCAACCACUCGAGCGGCUUGGUAUUGCCCCAGGCUGGAGACCGAGCCUCUACGUGAUGCACUUGGUUUUAGCUUACACCUUUUCUAACUUCUUCAAAGUAAUCUCGGACACAGCUCUGAUCGCAUGAUACUAGUGGAUCACGGAAGAAGCGGUCUUAUGAGGAAAGACCGGAUAUACAUUAUUAAAUAGUUUUCGAAUUGAAAAACUGGAUUGAGCCUACUAAACUCAAUCCCAUUCAAGUUCCUUUCUCAGCAUUUUAAUGAAGCAUAGGGUUGAUUUUUUUUUUGACACCUAUCCUAUUUCAAUUACAGCGCAAGCUUUCUGUCGGUGAUAGAGCAAAAAUCUGAGUUUGCGUUACAAAUGACUCUGAUAUGAGACAAUCUGCUAUCUUUGUUUGGCCUCUUGGCACUGCCCCCCCAGCAUGUUUCCUAUUUAGCAUAAACUCUUAUUACAGCAAGCAACUUUAGAUACUUUAAUGCUUGUUUGCAACUGUUACGACCCGGCUCUCCUCGUAACCUUUGUCUGUUCUAGUG